AUGCCUAAGGGUAGUAAAGGUAACAUUAUUGAGUAUGGGGAGUGCUCUGUGUCUGCUGCUCCUGCUAUGCGUAGAAGUAAACGGUCCCAACUUAUUGCUUUUGCUGCACUUCCUACAUACUAUGACUGUGGUGAUUGUGUUUGUGUUUGUUGGUUUUAUGGAGCUCUGUUUUGGUAUGUUGAAAGGGUUAGAAAUCAUUAUGAAACCAAUUGUCCUAAGUAUAAUCAUUGUUAUAAGGAAGGUUCUGUUGUGUUUCCUCUUCCACCAACACCUCCUUCUGAAAUUUAUAACCUUUAUGCAGACAUUGUUUUUUUGAAUGAUAUCAGAGGUUAUAAUAGUAUGUUUUCCAUGACAUCUUUUGGGGUUGUUGUUGAUAAGGAUAUAAUUAGUGGUCGUGCCCCAUAUGUUUUUAAGGUUUCAGGUCAGGUCGUUCAUGAUCUUGGUAGGAGAGAUUUCGAUGCUGGUAUUGUGCGUGUUCUAAUGGAAUCCCUUUCUAAUCACAAUGAAUAUGUUAGGACAUUUAAAACAACUAAGGAGAUGGAUAAGGUUAUGAAUAUGGAUUCUUAUGCAGUUCGUUUGUAUAGUAACAUCCCGGAUCGUAGAGACGGUUCACCUACACCUGACACUUUAGGUUGUAUUGUUAUCGGUGAUGAUAGUAAUUCAGUCAGCUAUGAUAUUGUUGUCUACUCUAAAUCUGGUUGUCCUCAACGAGUGAGUAAACUUCAUCCCAGUUAUAUGUCGUUACAAUAUCCUUUGCUUUUCCCGUUUAGUAAGGACGAUUGGUCUCCGCGUUUGAAAUUACAGGUGAUACAGGUACCAGUUUUAGAAGCCUAA